UUGGUUUUGGACCUUGUAAUCUAAGGGCGAGGUUUUUUUCAUUAGACACAGCCCACAGUGAGACAUUCACAUGAAAACCAGGAGUCCGACCACAAUGGAGAUUGGUGACAUGAUUGAGAUAAACAGAGGUCAAUACAAACACUGGGCUCUGUACAUUGGAAAUGGAGAGGUCAUCCAUUUGGUAACUCCAGAUGGGCCUUCAAGAGUAGUUUUCUGCAGUGUUAGCUCAUCCAGCGGCAGUCUUUCCUGUAAAGGCACGGUUACAAUAGAGAAGUUAAAGGAUGUGGCAGCAGGGAAUACUUACAAAAUCAACAACUACUUGGAUGACGAGUACAAACCAAGGCCGACUGACGUCAUUAUGGGGGAAGUGGACAAAAUGAGAGGCCGCACAAUAAAAUAUGGCCUCCUUGGAAACAACUGCGAGCAUUUUGUUACUUUCCUCCGUUAUGGCAAAUCAGAGUCCAAACAGGCAGAUGACUUCAUGAAGAAUGUGUUAGCUGGUCAACUAGGCCUGUUUGGUGUAAUGGCUGCUGUUGCUGUUUCUACAGUUGCUGCAGCUAGCACAGUUAGUAAAUAAUUUAUUGGUUCUCUCAUGAGUCCAUGGAGAAUGUCAGUGAUGCAAAAUGUUGUUUAUAGCCUAAUGAAUAAAGGACCAUCUCAAAGA